GCAAAUGGAAGUCGUUUGGUUGGUAGAUUGAAGUUUCUAUCUAUAUGCAUUAUUGUUUAUCAAAUCAUCCCACUCUUAACAUCAUAAAUUUUCAGCUAGGUUCAGAUUCUACAGACAAAAUCUGAGAGUUAUAAGAUUUUGGGGCUUGUGAGAGAAGAAAUGAACGAUGUGGUUAGUUUGGGGGUAGGUUCUGUUGCAGGAGCUGUGGCCUCCGAGCUCCUCAAAAUCGUGAUUGAAGAGGCUAAGAUGGUGGUGUCGUUCAAAUCUGUGUAUAUGGAGCUUGCAUCCACGAUGGAGGAUGUGCUUCCAGCAAUCAUAGAGAUCGAGAUGUUGCAAGGUGCUGGAGAACUAAAGAAACUCAAGGAUAUAAUCGAUGAAGCUCUUCUACUGGUUCGGAAGUGUUCACAAGUUAAGCGGUGGAAUCUACCCUCAAAAGCUAAAUAUACAAGAAAAAUAGAGGAUAUCAACAAGAAGAUGCUCAAGUUCUGUCAGAUUCAACUUCAGCUUAUUAUGCUUCGGAACCAACGGCUGAUUAUGCAUCAAUCCGGAAUCUUUUCUUACAUGAGUAUGCCUGUGGAGGGGUCUACCAUGAUGUCUGACAUUCUGCCUGAGGAUACGAGGGAAGCCAUUGAGAGUCAUCUCAAAAGCAUCAAUAUGAAGAUCGAUGGUUUGAGUGUUUAUCCGCCUGUUUAUAGGGAUCUUUGUUCGGUCCCCAUGCUUGAUAAGGUUCUCGUUGGUUUGGAUUUGCCAUUGUUGGAGAUAAAGACGAAGCUCUUUAAGGAUGAUGAUCCAGUGGUUAGUCUUGUGGUCUCUGCUCCUCCCGGGUGCGGGAAAACCACAUUGGUCACUCAGCUUUGUCAUGAUGACGAGAUCAAAGAAAAGUUCGAGUAUAUCUUCUUUUGUGUCCUGUCAAGUGCUCCUACCUUCAGGACCAUAGUACAGAAUUUACUCCAGCACAACGGUUAUGAAGCACCUACAUUUGAGAACGAUUCUCAAGCAGCUGAUGGCUUAAGAAAUCUGCUUGAGGAACUUCAAGAAGAGGGUCCUAUAUUGUUGGUGCUGGAUGAUGUAUGCCAAGGAGCAGACUCUUUUCUUCAGAAAUUUCAGAUUAACAUACUAAAUUUCAAGAUUCUGGUGACUUCUCGGUUUGAGUUUCCGAGUUUUGGUCCCACUUGUCAUAUGAACCCUUUGGGAGAUGAAGAUGCUAAGUCCCUUCUCAUUGAGAAGGCAUCACUUCGCCACUUAUCAUUUAAGAAUGAAGAUAUUUUACAGGAAAUUUUGAAACGUUGCUAUGGAUUUCCAUUCUUAAUUGAAGAAGUUGGCGUUCGACUUGUAAAAGAAGCUGUAAGAGAGGGAGUACUACUCCGAGUGGAGAGCAAGUCUGAAGAGGAAACAACUUUUAACAAUUCUCCACAUGUAAGCAACGUCAACACAAGCUUCUGACCUAUCAAAAAGGUUUGUCCGUUGCG